AUGUUUGCCUUCGACCAAGCCGCGCUACCCCAGAUCACAACACGCAAAGCUCUCAUUGUGGUUGACUUUCAAAAUGAAUUCAUCGGUGAUGCUGAUGGCGGGCUGCCUGUCAAUCGUCCCGUAGGGUUUGUCAAACGUACGACUGAGAUAGCGGCCGCCUUUCGCCCUGUGGGAGAUGUCAUCUGGAUUCAGUCUCGGUUUGACAAAGCUCGUCCGAUUGAUGGCGAUCAGAUCGUAUUAUCAGAGAGCGCACCCGUUUUGCAAGCUGUAUCUCCUCAAAAGAAAGGAAAGACCAUUGUGACUGAGGCUUCUUCCGACGAAUCUCUGGACCCCGAAGCGUUUCUAAGCCACGAAGAGCCUUUACAUGCCAAUGCUUCUGAUCCAGGGAGCAACGUCCCAUUGGCUGUUGAGGAGGCCAUUCACAGCAAGGAUCUCAAAUUAACCAAGUCUUAUUACUCGGCGUUUCGUGGCACACAGUUACUUCGCGCUCUGCGUGGUAAAAUGGUUAUUGAAGUUUUCAUCUGCGGCUCUCUCGCGAAUAUCGGUGUCUAUGCUACCGCCAUGGACGCUGCUGGCCACGGUAUGGCCAUUACAGUCAUAGAAGACUGCUGCGGGUAUCGCCAUGAGUCCAGACAGGCUGCAGCGAUAAAAAAUCUCAUUGAGCUAACUGGCUGUGAGAUUUUAUCCUCGCAAGAAGUCCUUAAGACCUUAGGCCCAGGCAAAUCAGGGACUAAGACUCCUAGUGAACCACCAGACACAACAUCUGCUCCACGGGCAAAGGCUGUCGCUAGCGGCGAUGAAGAUAUCGUACAGUCCCUGUCAGGCCUCAAAUUAGAUUCCAGCCCAGCUGGCCCUAUCUCUGCUGUAGACAAGGCCAACCAGGCCCCUGAAGUCAAGGCCAAAUCUCAAGAGUCUGAAAAGGCUAGCACCGAAGUUGAAAAAGAGAAUAAGAAAGAUCAGUCUUUGGUUGAGGAUGGCUCAGCGGGACAUGUUGCGCCGGUUCCCACACUUGCCGAUUCCGAGAAUGAAAGUGACUCGUCACCUCAGUACAAGCUCUGCGAAGGUGAUACCGACGUCAUACGUGAUGCCCUGCCAAAGCCCUUAGCGGAUGAAGCUUUUGAUAAGCUUGAAAAAGAGGUGCUUUGGCAGCGAAUGUCCCACCAGGGCGGAGAGGUUCCCCGACUUGUCGCUGUCCAGGGCGAAGUGGACGAAGAUGGCACGAUGCCAGUGUAUCGUCACCCUGCCGAUGAGUCUCCACCCCUGUUGCCUUUUUCUCCAACAGUCCGAGCCAUCAAAGCCGAAAUAGAGAAGCAUCUUGGCCAUCCUCUAAACCAUGUCCUCAUUCAGUUUUACCGCGACGGAAAUGACUAUAUUUCUGAGCAUAGCGACAAAACGCUGGACAUUGUCAAGGGGUCUUAUAUCGCCAACGUCAGCCUUGGAGCGGAAAGAACCAUGAUACUAAGAACUAAGAGGCUGGAGAAGGAUCUUUCUGGGACAGCAGCCGCAAGGGAUGAGAAGCGAAAGAUUCAGCGUGCCAAACUUCCUCACAACUCACUCUGUCGCAUGGGCCUGCAGACAAAUAUGAAAUGGCUGCACGCCAUCCGACGAGACAAGCGCGCAGAUCGCGACAAGUCAGCUGCGGAACUGGCCUAUUCAGGCCGCCGUAUAUCGCUUACAUUCAGACACAUUGGAACAUUUCUGGAUCGUGAUGAGACUAUCAUCUGGGGUCAGGGGGCAACAGGCAAGACCCGCGACACCGCGCAUCCCAUAAGCAACGGCCAGAGCCCUGAGGCUGUUAAAAUGAUCCAGGCAUUCGGCACGGAGAAUCAUGCAUCAGAGUUUGACUGGCCUGCCCACUAUGGCCGUGGUUUUGACGUGCUGCAUAUCAGCAACUCCCCCAGGUUUUUUGCCUCCGCGGACCCAAUAGUGAACAUGCGCAUCACACUUAUGCUGGCCGAGUAUGGCAUUAAGUUUGCCAAGGGCAGUAUGGCUUCCGGCUCCGAAUCCGAUAAGGAGAACAACCCAACCGACCCGACCGCGCUAUGGUCUCUCCCCAUAAAAUUCAUCGAUAACGAUGCUGCUAAAUCCGUAAUUCAUGGCGACAUGGCUAUUAUGCUUUACCUUUACUCGCGCUAUGGCCCAGGUCGUGUCACUGGAUCAGAAGCCACCGCUCGGAAUCCAUCAGACCUUGCCAGGCUAUUUAGCCAGCUUCAACAGGGGAUGAAUCUGUUCAAUACCUGGCGGCAGUUGAGAAGCGAUGGAAGCACAGGUACUCGUGCCGGAGCACCACCUGUGACGUUGAAGCAAGAGCUUGCUGUUUGGGAUAGCUAUAUUGUCGACGGGCUGAAAACCGAGCGUGUUCCAUUCCUAUGUGGAGACGCCUUGACCCUUCCUGACUUUGUUGUCUGGCCAGUAUUGUACUCCAUUGUAGAAGAAUGCGGCUCGGAAGUCGCAUUUAAAGGCCUAGACGGGUUGCGGAAGUAUUAUGAGGCUGUUCGACAAUUGGAGAAUGUUGUUAUAGCUGUAGGGAAUCGCUAA